AUGAGAGGAGCAGUACGUUUUUUAAAUCCACCACGCUUGUACAGUGGUCUGUCUGUGUCGUUGUACAGCCAAAUAAACACGCUGACACAGAGGGCAAAUUUAAUAGCCUUCCAGUCCUAUUUGGAUUUUAUUCUGGGAAUUGACAUGGCAAAAGGAAAGAAAGACGUGCUGAGAACCGCAGACGCCGUUGAACAUAAAGCCAUCUCAUGCAAGGAGACAAAGGAAAACAAACCAGCAACUAACAAGGAUUGCGUAGGUAAAGUGCAGUCAGUUUUGCAGUGUGGACGGAGUCCAAGCAAACCGAGAUCCCCUCUGAGCGAGAGUUCGGGCAAGCUGAUCCAGGAAGGAAAUGAAUCUGAUGCAAUGAAUCCUGACAUGUCAAAGCUGAAAAAAGACAUACCUAAUGAAAUAAAAUCUGAGAGUUGUGAGUCCAAAGAGCAGAAGACUGAAAAGUCCUCUCACAGUCAUGGGACGAGAGAACAAGCUGUUGACCAACUCGAGCAAAAAGAGUCCACGGCACAAACAAGUGCCAGGCCUGCAGCACAGAGCAAAGUGUCAGCAUCCAAAACUCGGAGUAGAACUGGUCGCAAACUUGGAGCAAAAAAGACAGAGAAUAAAGUUCCCCAAAACAGAAAGGUCACAGACUAUUAUCCCAUCAGACGGAGUAACAGAAAAACUAAGUCAGAGUUAAAGGAUGAAGAACACAAACACAUUGAUGACGUAAUAAAGAGUGGAACUGAAGAAGGAAUGCAGGUCAGACACAUAGAAGGAAAAGGGAGAGGAGUAUUUGCUGUCAAGGGCUUCAAAAAGGGAGAUUUUGUGGUGGAGUACCACGGAGACCUGCUGGACCUCGCUGAGGCAAAAAGAAGAGAGGCGCAGUAUGCUCAGGAUCCUCAGACGGGCUGUUACAUGUACUACUUCCAGUAUCAAUCGAAAACAUACUGUGUGGACGCUACAAAGGAAACAACCCGUCUCGGAAGACUGAUCAACCACAGUAAAACUGGAAACUGCCAGACUAAGCUUCACCCCAUCGAUGGAAGCCCUCAUCUGAUCUUGGUGGCUUCCAGAGACAUCAAGGCAGAAGAGGAGCUGCUGUAUGACUAUGGUGAUCGGAGUAAAGACUCAGUCUUGGCUCACCCUUGGCUCAAAUACUGAAACCUCGACCACAAGUGUUCGUAUUUCAGAUGGACUGGCGCUCUCUGCUGUAUGUAAAAGAUGCUACUGAUGAGUAGUCUUCAGCAAUGUUUUCAAAGUUUAAGAGUGUUUUGUUUUAAGUGAAGGCUAAAGCUUCAAUUCACGAGAUGUAUUUUUGCAGCAGUUGUUUUUAAUCCCUCUUUUAUAUACAUUUUUAUAUGCAGACUGAUGCAAGCUUGAAGAGUAUUUCUCCAGGAUGAAUAGUUUCACAUUGUCCAUGGGGUUUCCUUUUGUAAAUUAUUACCUGUCUUGUAAAUUGAGGAAUAAAAACAGGGUUGAGUUUUCAUCGCA